GUGUGUGUGUGUGUGUGUGUGUGUGAGGGAGGCGCAGCCCCCGGAGCUCCGCAGUCAGCAGCAGACCCGCGGCGCUGCAGGAUGGAUGUGACGGCUCUCCACAGUGUCUCUGGCAGCACCGAGGGCGGAGCUUCCAAGCAUCCCAACCAAUCAGAAUGCGUCUCAGAGCAGCCAGUGGCCAAUGGGAGGCUUCCGCGUCACCGCACAGGUCAGGCUCCGCCCCCCGUCUUUGAUAGGCUGCAGGAACCCGACGGCAGCGAUGAAUCUUUGACCGACAGCUUCUCCACCCAGGACGUCUCUCUCCUUCUCCCCGCCCCCCACAGACAGAAAGGUGUGGUCAGCUCAUCAGAGCCUCACAUUGGCUGCCCUCCGCCCCCCACCUGCAGCCCAGGCACCAAUGAGACGCGCCUGUCGUCGACCAAGAGCCACACCUCCUUGAAGACGGACGCCGCCCACAUCAAGGAAGUGGCUGGAAAUGACUGCUGCGUUCACUGCCUGCUGGCCUGCCUGUUCUGUGAGCUGCUGUCCAUGUGCUCGGCGCUGGGGGAGUGUCUGGCCUGCGGCGUGGGCGGAGCCAAUUGCUGCGACUGCGCGGCGUGCUGCUGCUGCUGCGUGGAGGCGGCCGGGGAGGCGGCGUGCACGGAGGAGGCGUGCCAGGCGGUGUUGGACUGCGGGAUGUUGGAAAACUGCUGCGCGUCAUCUGACUGCCUGGAGGUCUGCUUGGAGUGCUGCGCCAUCGUCUUCCCUUCAUAGGACGGCCAAUCAGGGGAAGGCUGGAUGAUGAUGUCACAGCAAAGGACAGAAACUCUUGGAUUUGGUCUGAACGAUCCGCAUCCCGUUUUGAGCUCGGAUCAGCACAAAGGUUCUCCGACCUGAACAUAAAAGAAGAAGCAAGGAGCCGACUGUAGAGACAAAUAUUUAUGGAAAAUAUGAAAGAAUAAUUUAAUUAAACAAAAUCAUCCACUUUCUAA